CUCAAACAAGCCUUUGGACUCAGUGAUUUCCGUCCACUUCAGAAAGAAGCGAUACAUAACGUGCUGGGGGGGAAAGAUGUCAUUGUCUGCCUUGCAACUGGAGGUGGGAAAAGUUUAUGCUAUCAGCUGCCAGCACUGGUUCUUCCAGGAGUCACAGUUGUCAUUUCUCCACUUAUUGCUCUCAUGCAAGAUCAGGUAUUUUCGCUGCGAGAAAAGGGUAUCGAUGCUGUACUUCUGAACUCAACCUUGUCCCCGACCGAGACAAGAAACAUUCUCCAUCGAUUGUGGGCCAUCAAACAUUCCCCGAUUAAACUUCUUUACGUAACACCCGAGGCACUGAGUGGCUCAACGCUUUUUCCAUAUUUGAACAGACUGAACGAGCAAAACAAGCUAUCUCUCUUUGCAAUUGACGAGGCCCAUUGUAUAUCUUCAUGGGGUCAUGAUUUUCGACCUGCAUUUAGAAAACUAUCCAUUCUCAAGAGGUUCUACUCAAAGGUUCCUGUGAUUGCCUUGACAGCUACAGCGACCAAGCGAGUGCGUGACGACAUCGCCUCAACCUUGAUGUUGAACAACCCGGAGUUUCUGAUAGCCACAUUUAAUCGACCAAACAUCACAUAUGAAGUGCGCUUCAAAGAACAAGUCCCUGACUCCGAUGUUCAAGGUGACAUUGCGAGAUUUCUUUCAAAAAUGAAGGGCCAAUGUGGGAUCAUUUAUUGUUUUAAACGGACAGAAUGCUCUGAAAUUGCAAUGUACCUGAAAGGCAAGGGAUUUUCUAUUGAAGCAUAUCAUGCUGGACUUAAGAAUGACGAGCGCUCUGAGAUUCUUCAGAAUUGGACUGAGGGGAAAAUACACAUUGUAGCUGCUACAGUAGCUUUUGGAAUGGGGAUCGACAAAGCAGAUGUGCGUUUUGUCAUACAUCAAACUAUGCCAAAAUCUAUGGAAAGUUUUUACCAGGAAUCUGGGCGAGCAGGACGGGAUGGAAAACCUUCCGUUAGCGUAUUAUAUUAUUCUGAAGAUGAC